AUCCAAACGCUUAUUCUGCGUCUCAAAGUGAGCGCCCUCUUAAAUGCGAUCUUUGUUCAACCAGCGUGGGACGCUGCAUCAGCAGGAUGAACCCGUACAUGUCAUGGAUCAAAACAGGGAGCAGUCGCAAUGCUAUGUGAACCUGCGAUUGACAUUUUGUAAAACAAUAGUUGGUCUAAAAAACACUCUGUGGUCAGGAAGACUUGGAAUACUACUACAUGGAAUACAUUUUUGCUUGAACAUUUUGUUCUCCUGUUGUUUUUGAUGCUAUAUUCUUCUUCCACCAAUGUUCUAUUUGAAGUGGUAGGCACAGUAAUUAUUUGGCAAUAGGAGACAACAUCUAAGGGUAGCAGUGGAGAGAUGUCAGAGAGGGGUUGGUAGAAAGUUUUAGUUAGGCGCUUUGCAGGUGGAAGUAAGCACACCAGGUAAAUCUAUUGGUAUGAGAAGUACUUUCAAGCAUGAUGAAAGCAAGACCCCUGACCUGAGGGUGAUGGAGAAUGGGAUUGGAUUUUGAGAGUAUGGAUUCUAUCAUUUCACAUAAGAGGAACUUUACUUGCUGUCUAAUUUUAGGAUCUUGGAGGAAACUCUGCCUUUUAAUUUGGAUAGGCAGGCAGUGUGGGAGGAGUAUAGACAGUUUGAAGGAUAUAGACCUGCGUGUAUUCCAUGUAGCAAUGGAAACCUGAGAAAUGAUGAGGUGAUGAAGAGGAGGGAUCUCAUGACAGAGCCCAGGGGCACACCAGAAGAGACAGAAAGGGGCUGGGAAGUGAAGGAGCAGACCAGUCUGACAUGUGGUUGAGGAGAUGAUUUGAAUCACAAAAGUGUGGGUGUGGCUGUAGCUGAUCUUGUGAGGAAGAUAGAAGAAGAAAUGGUGUUAAAGACUGCUCUGAGAUUAACCAUUCGGAGCGCCCGGUUGUUUAUCCUGGUGUGGGGAAAAUGUCGAGUGACGGAAAUAAGAAACAGUUCUGGAAGAGGAACGCAGCGAAGGUUCCUGGCAGCAUUCAGCACGUUUAUGGAGCCCAACAUCCGCCUUUUGACCCACUCCUUCAUGCCAAUCUCAUCAAAGCAGGACACAAACCCUCACCGGCAACGCCGGGUAAGCCAAAGAAAGCCACAACAUUUCAGGAAUUUGAGAGCAUCACAAGCGAUGCCUGGGAUGUUGGUGACGAUGACGAUGAUCUGCUUGCCAUGGCCGCACAGAACCUCAAUAUAGAAGUCGUCAUGGAAACGGCCAACAAGGUGAUUGAGAACCACAGCAAACUGCAGGAGAGGCAGCGGCUGGACGACAGUGCAGAUAUGGAACAGAGACCAGAGGAUGUACAGGAAGAGGUGGCAGAGGAUGAGGAAGAGGACGAGGAAGACGAGGAAGAUCGAGUGGUUGAGGGAACUGUCCCCAGCACAGAGGCGUCAUUCGCCUCCCAGAACAGCCCUUACACUGAUGGCCGCAUGGUCAAAUCCCACAGCGAAGCACCAAUUGGGUCACCGAAAGAUGCAGAUGAGCAUGCAGCUCUGCACAGACAGCGUUCUCUGCCCCACCGGCCGCCUGUCAUCCCUCUUGUUGCUCGCAUGGCUGACCAAAACACAUCAGGCACCCCUGCCAUGACAGAGAGGGAAGCGUCCCGUCUGGAUAAGUUUAAACAGUUGUUGGCAGGCCCCAACACUGAUCUAGAAGAGUUACGGAAGCUCAGCUGGUCUGGGAUCCCUCGCCAGGUUCGGCCAAUCACGUGGAAGCUCCUUUCGGGUUACCUGCCAGCUAACGCAGAGAGAAGAGAAAGUGUCCUUCAGAGGAAGAGGCAAGAAUAUUUUGGCUUCAUCCAGCAAUAUUACGACUCACGCAAUGACGAGCACCACCAGGACACGUACAGACAGAUCCACAUAGACAUUCCCAGGAUGAGUCCUGAGUCUUUGGUGCUGCAGCCAAAGGUGACGGAGAUUCACAUUGACAUACCGAGAACUAAUCCUCUUAUUCCUCUUUUCCAACAAGCUUCUGUCCAAGAGAUUUUCGAGAGGAUCCUCUUCAUUUGGGCCAUCCGACAUCCGGCCAGCGGCUACGUCCAAGGCAUUAACGACCUGGUCACACCGUUUUUUGUUGUCUACGUCUUCGAGUACAUCGAGGAAGAAGUGGAAAACUUUGACGUGUCCAGUCUCCAGGAAGAGGCCCUGAGGAAUAUUGAGGCCGACAGCUUUUGGUGUAUGAGCAAACUGCUAGAUGGCAUUCAGGACAACUAUACCUUUGCACAGCCAGGAAUCCAGAAAAAAGUCAAAGCCCUUGAGGAGCUGGUCAGCAGGAUUGACGAGUCCGUGCAUCGCCACAUGCACCACUACGAGGUAGAGUACCUGCAGUUCGCCUUUCGCUGGAUGAACAACCUACUGAUGCGGGAGCUGCCUCUGCGCUGCACGAUCCGACUGUGGGACACCUACCAGGCGGAGCCAGAGGGUUUCUCUCACUUCCACCUCUAUGUGUGUGCGGCCUUCCUGGUGAGAUGGAGGAAAGAGAUCCUCGAAGAAAAAGAUUUCCAGGGCCUGAUGAUUCUCCUCCAGAACCUUCCCACAAUGCACUGGGGCAACGAGGAGGUGAGCGUGCUGCUGGCUGAGGCCUACAGGUUGAAGUUUGCCUUUGCCGACGCCCCCAACCACUACAAGAGAUGAUGAGCCGUCGUUCGUCAUCAUCCUGCCUUUCUUUUUUUUCUCCCCAUCGAACUAUGAGGCAACUUUUUUCUCAUUUGAAGGAAUACUGACUUUCUUGCCAUUUCCUCAACUCUACCCUUUUUUUUUGGCAACUAUGAGAUUUAAAUCUACCAAUGACUCACAGGUGCAGGUAAGCCGAUCAUGAUGAUCCAGAGCCUUUUUAAAUUAUUGUUUCCGUCUAAUAUGCUUCUGUUUCCAUCCUGGGACGACGUGAUGUUGCUCAGAAUCAGAUCUUAAUUGUUUUUCCCAUUUUCCGAGGCAAUACUUUUUUGGAAGAGCGUUGAGUGGGGACGGUUUACAUGUCUGAGACCUAUCAAUUUGUCUUCUUUUUUUUUUUAUAAACAUCACGACGGGGUUCUGAACAUGAAAAAACACGCGUUUCAUGUUAGGGUUGUUGCACUGAAUGAAUUGUCCUCUGCCCCCUUUAGUAACAUUUCGUCUCAAUCUCAGACUACCUCAGAAUGAUCAGACUAAGGACCCAACUUUUCCAUCACAUUCUCCAUCUGAACACCCGUUUUCCAACGUCAAAACAUUUUCGAGAAAUUCACACAGAAGCAGCCUUUAUAUAUAUAUAUAUAUAUAUAUAUAUAUAUAUAUAUAUAUAUAUAUAUAUAUAUAUAUAUUCUUAUUUUGUCUUAACUCAGUAGUUCCAAACAUGAGCACAGCAUUGUAAAUAAGAUGUGAAUCUGGAAAUAUAUUAAAGUGAAGUAAAGCCCAUCAAUGUGCUUUAUCCAACAUGACACUUUCGUUGUUUUAAUGACAACACCGAUUACCAGUCAGCGGGGUCCACUGAAUUCUCUUCCUGCGGGUGAUUAUUUCCGGUACUGUUACUGAUUGUGCUCCAACCAUCCCUUGCAACAGAGUGACUUAUGCAGAUUGCAGUGUGUGACCACAGCAGAAGCAAAUCAGAAGGUCCACAACCACUCCGUAUAUUCAGCUUCUGCAGAACUGAGCCGAUCAUUCAAACUCUAGACUGUCAACAUUUUCCUGAAAAGACCUCCAGCAACUGUAGACAUCCAUGAGGUUUAGACAUUGGAGUCCAGCGGUCCCGCCAGACUCAGUCCUCGCUACCCCUCUUGUCCUCAUUUACUGUACCCAUAAACCUCACUGGUGUCCUGCUCUGUUAUCCCCAUCUCCAGCAUUCUUCAUCCAUUCUUAUUAUUCCCCUCCCCAUGUGUUCAAACCAUCUCGAGUCCUGGCCUCCAGAGCUUCACCUCCAAAUAUUGCCAACCUCUGGAAUACUCCUUCCUUAGUCUCUCACCAGGAAAACCUCUCUACCUUCAUCCCUAUUCUAGCUUCCUGUGUUGAAAACCAUCCUUCAUAGCAGCUCACCACUGUCCCAUGAAGCUUCCCAGUCAUUCGCCACAGUAGUCUCCACCCAUUCCAGUCUGCUCACUCUCUCGUCUUCACCUUUCUCCAUCUAUAUCUAUAAAUUUGGAUGAUUGACCAAUGAAAACCAAUGAAUCUGUUGUUUUGCACUCUGCCAUCUUUUAUUUAUGAUGCUAGUGCUUUGACGUAAAGUGACUCAAGCUUUCUCUGUUGGAAUACAUUACGACCACCAGGCGUGCUGAGGAAAGAAAAGGAAAGAUUCUGUUUCUUUGAAUGUCUCAGUGCUUCUUCUUUGUGAGAGCUGUCAGUUUUUGAUCAUACAUUUGGACUGCUGUUUUAUUUUCCUUCUCCCCACCAACUCCUCAUCUCCUAUUCUGUCAGACAUGGAAAACGGCACAUAAUCUGGGAGCCUCCUUUCCUAUCCUCCGUCUUCUUUCAAAGAGCAUUUUGGUGAAACUUGCUUCUUCCUUUUUUCUCCUUUGAUCUCGUACAUGUCUGUACAUGUGCUGGAGAGUCAUGCUACCAACCCUGAACAACGUUAAUCAUUUAAAACAAUACAGCGAAUACAUUUGCGGAGGAUGUGUUCUGUUUAGUUUCUGGAUGAUGGCGAAAUGUCACAACUCAAAGCAGCUUAGGUUUUCCCUUUGUUUAGCAAUACUUAUGCAGCGUCAGUUGAGAGACUUUAGGCACAAUAAAUGAAUCUAAAAGUUGGUAGGACUAACAAUAUUUUAGGAGAAUAAGACAUUUUUCAUGACUUGCGUAACAUCAUUAUGUCUGUCUUCUGACCGAGAGUGUCAGGUGUCAGAGUUGCUUAGUCUUCUUUUGUUUAACAUUGAUGCGGCAUCAAAGAGAACCUUAAUUUGGAACUUGAAUAUUGUGCCAUAUGUGUAUAUUGAUUUAUAUUUUUUUAUACAUUAUAUAAGUCUAUACAUUAGCCAGAAGAAUGAUUUCUGAAGAUUUGUUCUUAUUUAUUUGACACACAAAAUGUCCAAAGAAUAAGACACAAGGCUCAUAUCUCACUGCUCCCCACCACAUGCCAAAUGAUAAUGUGUGUUUACCCCUAUUUCUCAAGGUUGUCAAUUGAGCAGUUGUUGGCAGAACUAAAUUACUUUGGUGAAACUGUCUGGAUCUGUCAAACUUCAUUCUGUGUGCGUUGGUAAAUGUGAUGAAGCUCUAUUUCUGUCACGUUGCUUCACCUGUGAGUCACUGCUUUUAGCUUUCAUUUCUAAUACAUGCUGCUCACAAGCCAGUGAGUGGUGCUGAUCGGGGGUUGUUCAGAACACCACCGUUGUUUUCAAACGCUCGAUUUGAGUUCAUUUAUUGAGACGACCAAUACUGCUGUUGUUUUGCUUUAGAAUUGGCACCUCAAUCAAUGGUGGGUACACGCCUUUGCCACUGAUCAAACUUUGCAUUUACAUUUUAUGUCACAAGACGAAGAAGGUUGGAGGCACUCUGCACUAAAUCAGUUAUCGUGACGUCUCACUUUGGAUGUCAGAACUAGAAAUUGUGACGCUUGUCUUCCACAAUAAAUUGUUUAUUCAAUUGUAUGUGAGAAGUAGCUCCCAAAACUAUUGAUCGGACCCCAGUCAUCAUACGUUGCUUUGAUUUUUUUAACCAGAUGUUACUGUGUCAUGUGACACUCAUUAGUCAACGGUCAGAAACCACACUGUCUGAUUCUCUAACACUUGCCUUUGCUUUUUUUAUUUGCUCUGUUGUUUGCUCAGCUCAACUCCACCAGACCAGAAUAUGACUGGCUGAAUACUUACCACACAGUACAUACCAGAGUUUCUCGAAUUCCUUCAAAUUGUGUAUCUAUGGUGAUGAGCCACAAAUGGGUUGUUUGUUUUUCUUCAGACAUGAAACCAAACUUGAAGUAGGUGUGUGAAAGAGUUUCUGAAAUAGAUGUGUACAGAGAUCUUGAAUGUAAAUAAACAUGUAUAUAAAUCUGAUUUGACAAAA